AUGGCUGACAUAUACGCUAAUUCUACGAUAACGAUCGCGGCUUCAGCAUCUUCAGGUCCAAAUAGGGGUCUCUUCCGACUCGCAGACUCGAAAUAUGUCGGCAGACCUUUGUCAAGUGCUCCUAGUUUUCACAUGAGACAUCCAAUGGGGCACGGGGGCCGUGAUUUGCCACUCCUGCAGCGAGGCUGGGCCUUCCAAGAGCGUAUCUUGAGUCCCCGUAUUCUCCACUUCGCAGAGCAUGAGCUCAUCUGGGAGUGUAUGGAAUACGAAGACUGCGAAUGUGGGUCCAUGCGACUUGAUUCUCUCAACAGCCCAGGAGAAUAUACAGGAGGAUAUUUUCAAAAGACUAUAGACGGAGAAUGGCCGGCCACCAAGAGUCAUUGUCAUCCAGAACGGUGGCGCUCGCUUAAAGACGAUCGUAAAAAGAUUGCGGGUUCAUGGUCAAGACUCGUCAGGAACUUCAGCGAGUUGGAGCUCUCAAAGCCAAACGACAUCUUCCCAGCUAUCUCCGGCAUUGCUAAAAGCUUCAGAGAGGCCACUGGAUGGGAAUACGUUGCUGGCAUGUGGAAAGAGGGUUUGAUACAAAACCUCUCGUGGUACACAAGCCACCCCGCGAUUCGAUGCAAGAUAUGGAGGGCGCCUACUUUCUCUUGGGCUUCCCUUCAGUUUCCCGAAAAAGGCAAAGAUCGGGAUUGUAUUGCAUACGAGCACAUGGACGACAUUCAAGAGUUGGCUACAGUCGUGGAGGCCAAAUCUUCUCCAAAAGGCGCCGAUCCUACGGGUCAGUUGGAAGAUGCAUACAUCAUACUGUCAGGGACCAUGAUACAGGCCACCGUUGAUAAGUAUUUUAUCAAGCCCCUACAAUCUUCGACGCAGAGCAUCGAGCCACUCACGAGUUCUGAGACGCAUGACACCCCGUCCACAGAGAUGUCUAGCAUCAGACAUCGAAAUCGUGAUCAUUUCACAUUCCACGCCGACUUCUACCAUCGACUGGAACCUGGAGCAAAUGUGCAUUGUCUGAAACUGCUUGAGGCAAAGUGGCAGGGAAAGAAUGCGGCGUACUUGGUACUGUCGAAGAAAAGCUCAACACCUUGGGAUUGCAAUGGUAUGAAGGGCGAAUGUGAGUUCGAAAGAUUAGGUCUCAUGGAGUCUCGACUUCAAAAAGAUAAAUUUCACCCGAAGAUCUUUGAGGAAGAAUCGCCAGAGCAUGCCUUCCAACACAACGCAGUGGUGAAGAUUGUCUGA